AUGGCCUUAUGGAUGCUCUGGGCUGGACAGGCUAAGGGGACCCUGGGCGGCUGGGGGAUCACCUGCUUGGUGAUAUCUCUGCUCCUCCAGCACCCAGGAGUCCACAGCAAGUGCUACUUCCAAGCUCAAGCGCCCUGCCACCAUGAAGGGAAAUAUUUCACCCUGGGCGAGUCUUGGCUCCGCAAGGACUGUUUCCACUGCACCUGCCUGCAUCCCGUCGGUGUGGGCUGCUGUGACACGUCCCAACAUCCUAUCGACUUCCCCGCUGGGUGUGAGGUACGUCGGGAGGCAGGGACGUGCCAGUUCUCCCUGGUGCAAAAAUCUGACCCCCGGCUGCCCUGCAAAGAGGGAGGGCCCAACCCAGAGUGGGGCUCAGCUAACACCCCUAUUCCUGCGGCUCCUGCUCCCCACUCCAGCUAA